UCGGGUGGUGGAGUUGAGCUCCAGAGAAUAUAGUCCUACGGCCGACCAGGGGAGCUGUUGAGCCUUUUUAAGGCUUUAGUUGAGUUGGCUGCAGUUGACAGGCUUUCUUUAUGAACUUUCGUCUAAUUCAGCCACAUCGCAAAUAUGUGAGAGUUAAACACGGAGGAGACGUGGACGAGGAACCCCAUCCUCGACCAGCUAUCGGUGCUCAGAAUGGCUCAGCAGCCAAACAGUGAAGAAGGGACCACAUUAAUUCAUCCACAAAAAGCUGCUGGAAAGACAAGAAGUUCAGUGAUAUCUGCGUCUUUUAAUUUUAUCAAUUCCAUUAUAGGAUCUGGAAUAAUAGGUUUACCAUAUGCGUUGAACCAGGCAGGGCUUCCCUUUGGCCUUCUGUUGUUGGUAGUUGUUGCCUUCAUCACAGACUACUCAAUCAUCUUACUAAUUAAAACUGGCAACCUGUCAGGGACUAACAGUUAUCAGUCACUGGUGCAAAGCACCUUUGGGUUCCCUGGAUUUCUGAUUGUAUCUGGACUGCAGUUCCUUUAUCCUUUCAUUGCUAUGAUCAGCUACAAUAUCACAACUGGUGACACAUUGACCAAAGUAUUUCAGAGAAUAGCAGGAGUUGGUCCAGAUCACAUACUUGCAGAGCGUCAUUUUGUGGUCUUGAUAACAACCCUUGCAUUCACACUGCCUCUCUCACUUUAUCGAAACGUAGAGAAACUUGGAAAGGUGUCCUUCCUGUCAAUGGUGCUGACAGUUACCAUCCUCAUCACUGUAAUCAUCAGAGCAGCUACCCUUGGACCCCAAAUCCCCCCUACGGAGAAUGCAUGGGCAUUUGCAAAGUGGAACGCAAUCCAGGCAGUUGGCGUGAUGUCUUUUGCCUUUAUAUGCCACCACAACAGCUUUCUUAUCUACGGUUCUCUGGAGCACCCCACAGUAGCUAACUGGUCUCGGGUCACCCACGCCUCUGUGGGCUCUGCGCUAAUAAUCAGUGCUGCAUUUGCUGUUGCUGGCUAUACCACCUUUACUGGCUACUCACAAGGAGACAUAUUUGAGAACUACUGCAGAAAUGAUAACCUGGCAACAUUUGGUCGCUUCUGUUUUGGCCUCAGCAUAAUAACCACAUUUCCAUUGGAGUGUUUUGUUACACGAGAGGUGCUAUCCAAUGUUAUUUGCAGUAGGGAUCUUACAAAAGCUGAACAUGUGGCCUUAACGUUUCUCAUAGUUUCAGUUUGCACAUCCAUAUCUUUGGCCUCUGACUGUCUGGGAGUUGUUUUGGAGUUGAAUGGUGUUCUGAGCGCCACACCUCUGAUCUUCAUCAUUCCAUCUGCAUGCUUCCUCAAACUCUCCCCUGGCCCCUGGUUCCGGGGUGAAAACUUGAUGCCCACCAUCCUGAUGUUUAUCGGCUUGUUUGUCAUGAUCACCGGUUUGACCAUGAUCGGCCUCUACCCACAAGACUGUUCCCAUGGUGUGGAAAUGUUCUACUGUGCAGACGCCAAUACCUCUGGCACUGUACCACCUGCUUGAAAUUAACCAAAUAUUUAAUUGUUUGAAACUUUUUCUAACAACACUUACAGGGCAGAAUAUAGGCUUCGUACUGCAUGUGGACAGCCCUGUAUGUACUUGAUAUGGGGUUAUUUUCCAUGGUUUGGGAUAAAGUCUCCUUAGUUCCAGGUAAGGGAAAUCUUAAUGUUACACCACACAGUGAUAUUUUAGAAAAGAGUGUGCUUCCAACUUUGUGGAAACAAUUUGGAGAAGAUCAUUUCCUGUGUCCACAUGCCCACAAAGUGAGGUCCAUUGUGUUAUUGAGUUUGUUGUGGAAGAACUUGACUGACGUGCACACAGCCCUGACCUUAUCAACACCUUUGAGAUUAACUGCAACACUGACUGUGAACCAGACCUUAUUGCACAACAUUAAUGCCCAACAUCACUAAUGUUCCUGUAUUUAAAUAGGAGUACAUUAUAUGAUUUGCUUAUAUUAUAUUAGCCUAGAGCAACUUAGUAAUACCCGUGGUUUUAGAAUGAGAUGUUUACAGACACAUAUGACGGUGAUGUUGAGAUGCACACAUACUUUUGUCCCUUUACCACACGUGGUGUUUAACUUGUUGUUUUGUUAAGAAUUAAUACUCUGUCU